GAAGCGCGAGGUAUACUCUCUCACCUCCUUGCCAAGCUCGAAGACGGCCAGUUAGGACCACACAAGAGAUAUGCCGAUUGGAUACAGAAACAUGGGAGACAGGAACUAGAAGGAUUCUUGUACGGCUGCUUGAGACCCGAAGUUCUCAGCCAUCUCCAGCUGGGAAGCAUGAAUGUUACGUCACUAAAGAAUAUCGGUGGCGAUCUCGCAUAUGAAGGACGAGCUAUCUAUAUACAUGGCAUCUUAGGACUCGAGAGGCGAACACGCAUCUACAUCGGCCAAUCCACCUCCCUCCGCCCCCGCCUCAAACAACACUGGAACUUCCGCUACCGCCGCGACAACCCCUCGCUGCACUACUACGCCAUGCACAACUCCGUCUUCGACGUCUUCUCCGUGCUUGCUACCCUGCCGUCCCCUUUCUCCCCCUCGUCUCAGACUCUCCCGGGAAUGGAUCAGCCGGAUUUGCUCCUUAAUGUCUUGGAGGCGUGGUGCUGCCUUUUGUUCCGGUGUCUGCCGCCGAAGCUGUUGAAGGAGUGUUUGCCUCCGGGUAUACGGGCGGAGAGCAAAGAUUUGCAGAAUGUUGCGCUUAAUGUAGCGAAUCCGUUGGAUCAGGGCGAUAAGGGUUCGAUGCAGUGGGUGGACCUUAGCGGCACCCAAGAUCCUCUAAUUCAAGAAUAUCUGAAAGAGGUGGAGAGGAGG